AUGCACAUCACCACCCCAUCCGUCAUCCUUCCGCUCUUCCUCGCCUUCACUGUCACCACCGUGAUGACACAGUACCCGACCACCUCCCCCGAAGAGAUUAUCGCUCUCAAACACUUCAACGCCUAUCCCGCUGCUGACACCCCCACUGUCCCCCCUUCCAACUUCGAAGGCACCGGCACCAGCACCGACCUCCAUCUCACCAAACGCAGGCCCCGCUACAAGGGCAUCCUCCUCUGCAACCAAGAGCACUGGAAAGGUAACUGCUGGUACGCGCCGCAGAACGGCAAUGCUUGCCAAAAUUGGGAUGAGAUCCACUCCUUCGGUCCGGAUAACGGCGUCAACUGUGAUGUCUUUGAGGGCGAGGACUGUAAGGGCAAGAUGGUGUUGAAGUUUGUGAGUUAUCCCGGUGAGGAGGUGACGCCGGCCAAGAGCAAGUUGAAGAGCUUUAGGUGUGGGAGUCAUUAG